CCGUCAGCAGAGAUAGCAGACAGCAGGCAAGUCCUCGCGCUCAGGCUAACUCGCUCUCGGUAUCGGUUCGGAAUGGCCUCUCGCUCGGGUAUUCGUGGAUCCAAGACGCUCAACUUUAAGAGUGCUCUGACACUGUGGCUAGUGUUGUGGCUGGUGAUGAGUCGCUGUGCUCCGGGGGAAGCGUGUCCGAAGCUGUGUGUGUGCUACCCGUCACCCAUGACGGUCAGCUGCCAAUCGCAGAACUUCACAUCGGUCCCCAUCGGCGUUCCGUACGACUCGCAACGCGUCUUUCUGCAGAACAACCACAUCACAGAACUCCGCGCCGACUCCUUUGGCUUUGAGACACAGGUGCUGUGGCUCUACUCCAACAACAUCACGUGGAUCGAGGGCGGUGCGUUCAGCUCUCUGCGGGUGCUGGAGGAGCUGGACCUGGGCGACAACCCGGGCCUGCAGCGUCUGGACGGAGGGGCCUUCCGCGGCCUGGAGCGCCUCCAGAGCCUGCACAUGCACCGCUGCCGCCUCUCCGGCCUCCCCGCCGACCUCUUCCUCAAGCUCUACAGCCUGCAGUUCCUCUACCUGCAGGAGAACCUGCUGACGCACCUGGCCGACGGCCUCUUCUCCGACCUGGUCAACCUGACGCACCUGUUCCUGCACGGCAACCGCAUCCGCGCGCUGGGCGAGAACGCCUUCCGCGGCCUGGUCAACCUGGACCGGCUGCUCGUCCACGACAACAAGAUCCGCCAGGUGCAUCGCCGGGCGUUCCGGGAUUUGGGCCGACUGACCAUCCUGUACCUGUUCAACAACUCACUGGCCGAGCUGCCCGGGCAGACACUCAAGGACGCCGGUUCUCUCCAGUUCCUGCGGCUCAAUGCCAACCCGUGGGGGUGCGGGUGCGAGGCGCGUGGCCUGUGGGACUGGUUCCGCCAGGCGCGCAUCUCCAGCUCCGAGCUGAUGUGCAGCACGCCGACCCAGCGCCGCGGCCAGGACCUGCGCUUCCUGCGCGAGAUGGACUUCGCCCUGUGCCCGCUCCCCGACCCCGGCUCCCUAGCGGGCACCACCACCACCACCUUCAGCACCAAGACCCGCUGGUGGUUCUCCAAGCACAAGCCCGCCAAGAGCAGCGCCGCCAAGGGUGGCACCGCGCCCAGCAAGGCCCUGCUGCAGAAGAGCACGGAGAAGAGCGCCCGCGCGUUCCCCUUCAGCUCCGUCAAGCCCCACAACCCCUCCUCCUCCUCCUCCUCCUCCUCCUCGUCUCCACAGUACUCCCUCUCCCCGGAGGAGGUGGCGCUGCCCAAGCUGGAGCCGGAGGAGUACUGGGCCAACUACGGCAGCGAGGACGCCGCCUCCAUCCGCUGCUUCGAGACGGACUGCUACGACAACCCCACCCUGGCCUCCUCGUCCUCCUCCCCGUCCCCCGCGCUCUCCCGCCGCUCCCUGCUCCUCUCCUCCAUCUCCUGCGCCCUGCUGCUCACGCUGCACCUCCUCUUCGGCUGAAGGGGGCGCUCUCGUCCACCGCGUGGGUCCCUGGGUCUCUUUGGCCUUCUCCUUCUCCUCUGGGGGGCUCGGC